CGUGUGCGCUAGUUACCAUAGCAACCAGACGCGUUUGGUGCAAGCUCUAACACUCUGGCUUCCCCCAGGACCUCCUUGAGGAGGGCGCUGCCACCGUUAGGGGCCCUCCCAUGGCUUCACAGAAGAGAGUGGAUGCAGUGACCAAAGGAACCGGGUUUCGGCGCUGCCGUAAGCAGGUCGCUUACACGCCAGGAACCUGCGAGCUGCUCAGAGUGAUGAUGAAGGAGUCCAAACUGACUAGCUUUCAGCAACGACACAUCAUGGACACCGUGAAAAGAGGAGCCCCUCUGCCCCUGCAGUGUAACCCAACAUCCAGCCAGAGGGGUUCUCCUUCCAAGAAGCCAGCUACAGCCACCUACCUGCCGCCUAUCCUGGCUACCCACUCCCACCUCCGGCCUGCCAGCAUGUGUCAAGCCAAUGGGGCAUACAGCCGUGAGCAAUUCAAGCCUCAGGCCACCAGAGAUCUAGAGAAGGAGAAACGAAGACUUCAAAAUAUCUUUGCCACUGGGAAGGAAACAGAGGAACGGAAAAAGGGUCCUCAUGUGCGGCAAGAGGACCCAGCUCCUGAGCUGGACCGGUUUGAAGAACUGGUAAAGGAAAUCCAGGACAGGAAAGAAUUCUUGGCUGCCAUGGAGGCUCUAGGACAGGGCAAGCAAUACCGAGGAAUGAUCCUGGCUGAAAUCUCCCAGAAACUACGGGAAAUGGAGGACAUUGACCGAAGUAGGCGCGAGAAGCUUAGGAAGGCUCUUGCCACCACUUAAUCCAAGGGUGGGUCAGCCACCAGAGCAGCACAACGGACAAUCAGUGACAUCCUCAGGUCUGCCCACCCACAGGGGCUGUGCCAGACCAUGAUGUGGCACUGUCUUGGAGCACAAGACACUGCCCAGGGAUAUGGAGGCCUCAGUGGUGCCCCUGAGCUACUGUCACAGCCAAAGUGUUGAACCCUUCCCUAGGGGAAAGAGCCCCAGACAUAUCACGUUGACACCCAGGCUCACCACCUUGGACAUUUGCCUAAGGACACCCUCUCUCUGGCUCUCCUUCUGCCUCAGCUGAACACAAUCCUGCCCAUCCUAUAUCUUAGGAUCCACUUCUUUGCCUUCUUGUAGCCUUUGGCAAAUGUUUGACCACACGAUUAAUUAGCCAAUAAAACACAUUUAACUUGGUCAUGA